CCUUUCGGUCUUCCACCGUAAACACAGGAAGGCGGAGACAAAAGAGCUUUCACAAAAACCACAAACCGGCAGCUGGGCAAGGAAAUGAACUACGUUUACUGAUUUUGACAACAUCUACACCGAAAUUGAAACAAAAAAAAGUGCCACGAAGUUAGUUGAAAUUCGUCUACAGCAUGGCAUUGAAGAGAAUACAAAAGGAAUUGCAGGACCUGCAGAAUGACCCACCGGCACAGUGUUCUGCUGGACCUGUUAGCAGCGACUUGUUUAAUUGGCAGGCGACAAUUAUGGGUCCGGGCGACAGUCCUUACCAAGGAGGAGUUUUCUUUCUCACAAUACACUUCCCCACCGAUUACCCCUUCAAGCCACCAAAGGUAGCGUUUACAACAAAGAUUUAUCACCCAAAUAUCAACAGCAACGGGAGUAUUUGUUUGGACAUUCUACGCUCGCAGUGGUCUCCUGCUCUAACCGUCUCAAAAGUGCUAUUGUCCAUAUGUUCUUUGUUGUGUGACCCAAACCCAGAUGACCCUUUAGUUCCCGAUAUAGCACAGAUCUACAAGAAUGACAAAGAGAAAUACAACAGACUAGCGAAGGAAUGGACCAAUAAGUAUGCCAUGUAAUGAAAACAAAGUAGCAUUAUUCUUUUCAGUCAUAAAACACUGUACAAUAUAGUAAGAAAUUGAAUAAUCUCCAGUCAACAGUACCGUCACGAAAUCAAUCUUAUACUCAGAGACUCAUUCGUACCUGAAGAUGAAGCAGCAUGUCCCCUCUGAUUUCUGUUCAUUUUAAAAUAUGAAAUGCUUCAUUUUUAUUUUUUUUCCUCGAAGGCCAGUCGUUACAAACUGGUAUGUAGCAAAAUUGUUUCGCCACAAGGAUGAACGCCAAAUGCCUUCCUUGAACAAAUCAUCUCACUUGUCUUUGAUACCUAUGUGGCAUAUUUUGUACUAAAAUAAAUAAGGGUACAAUCCA